AUCACUGGAAUUGGAAGAUGGGUGCCGAGGGCUCAUGAUCAAUUCUCUCUAUUUCUGUUUAUGUUUGGCAAUUUGAAUAAUGAUAGAAGAGAUUAGACCCGUUACCUCCCUUUCCUCAAGAGUUAGAUUCCUCCUCUGGGCUUGUCAAGCCACCUAACAUGUAAAGCUGCAUUCCAUUGGUUUCCUUCGCCCCCUUGAAGGCAGGGGCUGCCAUGAGUCCCCUCCAUUUUUUGGGGAUGUGGCUCCUGGCAUAAAUGUGUGACCUAGUCUUGGUUGGCAUGUGGUAGAGCAUCUGGAGCUCCAGCUAGCAGUAAGUUCCUUUGAUGGCAAAGGCCGGAAUCUCAUCCAGGUCUGUUUAUUGGGCCGGGGUGGGGCAAUGGAAAAGCUUGGAAAGUAGAUAAUUUUGCUGCUCAGUGAUUGGGGCUGGGCCAGUUUCCUGGGGAAUCUGAUUGCUGUCUGGACAGACGUGCUCUGAGGAACAGGCAGGACAAGUGCUGCUUUCUACCUCAGAGUUCAGAGGCCUGGCUGGUGCGUCUUCGUGGGCAAGCCCAGCUCACACCCUGCCAGGCAAAGGAGGAAAAGCCAGAGGAAGCAGUGCCUCGGAUGACUGGGCACACAGGGAAAUAGGACGGAAACUUCUGCUUGGGCCCAUGGCCACAAGCACCCAGAGAGGAAACCUGUAGUGUCCUCUACAGUUCCUGGAGAAUCCAGGGGCUCCCUUAGAAAGUGAGCCCCAAGGAUGAGGCUGCUCAAGCUGCUAAUUUUCCUGGCCCACUGGGGAGUUGCCAGAGCUGAACCAGACAAGCGGGCCAGAUGUCAAGCACCUAUAGGCUCAGCAAGGCUAACCAGCUUGUCAGAAUCCUCAGCCAACACACCGAGGAGCCUGCAUUGGAAACCAGGGAAGUUCUGGCACAUAUCUGACCUGCACCUUGACCCUGACUACAAGGUAUCCGAAGACCCCCUCCAGGUGUGCCCAUCGGCUGGCUUGCAACCGGUGCCCAACGCAGGCCCCUGGGGUGACUACCUCUGUGACUCCCCCUGGGUCCUCAUCAACUCCUCCAUCUACGCCAUGAAAGAGAUUGAGCCGGAGCCAGACUUCAUCCUCUGGACUGGUGAUAACACCCCUCAUGUGCCCAACGAGAGGCUGGGAGAAGCAGCUGUGCUGGGAAUUGUGGGGCGCCUGACCAGGCUCAUCAGAGAGGUCUUUCCAGAUACCAAAGUCUACGCUGCUCUGGGAAAUCAUGACUUUCACCCUAAAAAUCAGUUCCCACCAGGAAACAACAACAUCUACAAUCAGGUAGCGGAACUGUGGGCACCCUGGCUCAGUAAGGAAUCCAUCGCUCUCUUCAAACAAGGUGCCUUCUAUUCCGAGAAGUUGCCAGGACUGAGUGGCGCUGGGCGAGUCGUGGUCCUCAACACCAAUCUGUACUACAGCAACAACGAGCAGACAGCUGGCAUGGUGGACCCCGGCCAGCAGUUCCAGUGGCUAGAAGAGGUGCUGACCAACGCAUCCCGAGCUAAGGAGAUGGUGUACAUUGUCGGCCACGUGCCCCCGGGAUUCUUUGAGAAGACACGGAACAAAGCGUGGUUCCGGGAGAGCUUCAAUGCGGAAUACCUGAAGGUGGUCAGGAAGCACCAUCGAGUCAUCGCAGGGCAGUUCUUCGGGCACCAGCACACCGAUAGCUUCCGGAUGUUCUAUGAUGAUGCAGGUGCCCCCAUCAGUGUCAUGUUCCUUACACCUGGAGUCACCCCCUGGAAAACCACCUUACCUGGCGUGGUCAACGGGUCCAACAAUCCAGGCAUCCGGGUAUUUGAAUACGACCGAGCCACACUGAGCCUGCAGGACAUGGUGACCUACUUUGUGAACCUGAGCCAGGCGAACGCGCAGGGGACCCCGCUCUGGGAGCUCGAGUACCGGCUGACCCAGGCCUACGGGGUGCCCGACGCAGGCGCCCGCUCCAUGCACGCGGCGCUGGGCCGCAUCGCCAGCGACCCCCGCGCACUGCAGCGCUACUACGUCUACAACUCGGUCAGCUACGAACCCUCGGCCUGCGAGCAGGCCUGCCACGCCGAGCAAGUGUGCGCGCUGCGCGAGGUGGCCUUCGACGCGUACGCCGCCUGCCUGCGCGCCCCCGGCACCGCGCCCGCGCCCCGGCUCGCGCUCCUGCUCGCGGCGCCGCUGGGCCUGCGCGCGCUGCUGCCGCGGUGACCCGGGGCCGGCCCGGAGCAGCCGCCGCUCGGGGACCAGGCCCGGAGAACCCCCCCCUCCCCACCUCGGCACGGAGUUUAAAAGUUUCAUUGGAAAAACAAUGCUCAAAAAAAAAAGAAAAAAAAAAAAAAGGAAAAACAAUGCUCAUC